AUUGGAUCCUCAUUGUAUCGCAUUUUCUUCUCUCAAAAACAUGAGCUUCAAGGGAAAUUAUCAUUUCGUUAUCCUCUUACUUUUUCUUCACGAUUACAACGUAUUUGCAGAUAAUAAGUAUACUGAUAUUAUUGUUGGAGAAAAAGGACAAGAAGAGACAAAAUGCGAUAUUUUCCAAGGAAGUUGGGUUUUUGAUAAUGCGUCUCAUCCUCUCUAUGAUUCGAAAUCGUGUCCCUUCAUCGGAAAUGGCUUCGAUUGUCAGAAAAAUGGUCGGCCCGACAAGGACUAUCAACACUACCGGUGGCAACCCUCCGGCUGCAAUAUUCCAAGAUUCGAUGGUCGAGAUUUCUUGAAGAGAUACAGAGGGAAGAAGAUAUUGCUGGUCGGAGAUUCACUAAGCAACAACAUGUGGGUGUCACUGAGUUGCAUGCUGCAUGCAUCCGUCCCAAAUUCUACGUAUACCUUCCAUUUCUCCAACCCUCUCUCCACCUUCACUAUUCCGGAGUACGAGAUUACAGUCAAUUGGAUAAAGAAUGGGUUCCUUGUGGAUUUGGUGUGGGACAAAAGAGGCAAAAUUCUGAAACUGGAUUCGAUCAGUUCAGGGAGACAGUGGCUUGGAGCUGACGUCGUCAUCUUCAACACCUUCCACUGGUGGACUCACACCGGCCGAGCCAAGUCAUGGGACUAUUUUCAAGUGGGGGAGACGAUUGUGGAAGAGAUGGACAGAAUGGAAGCUUUCAAGAUUGCACUGACGACAUGGGGGAAAUGGGUUGAUAAGAACAUCGAUCCUUCCGAAUGUAGGGUUUUCUUCCAAGGUGUUUCAGUAUCACACUUUAAUGCAACCGAAUGGGGAGGGAAGAAGGGGAAGAGCUGCGUAGGGGAGACAGGGCCGGUUAAAGGACAGAAAUACCCCGGACCGAGGGACAAAGGAGAGGCCAUUGCGAGGAGUGUGAUCAAAGGGAUGGCUAAACCGGCUUACCUCCUGGACGUAACGUUGCUGACCCAACUCAGAAAGGACGGUCACCCUUCUUCCUACGCCGGCCGCCCGGGCAAAGACUGUAGCCACUGGUGCCUGCCCGGCGCCCCUGACGCCUGGAACGAGCUCCUCUAUGCCGCUCUCACCACCUCUUUCUAACUAUUCUUUCUUUAGGGUUUGGAAUAAAAUCGGUG